AUGGCGCUUCCGGACGGGCUGCUGCUUGUUGUCGCUGCGGUUUGUGUCGGUGGCUUUCUGUGCUUCUGCCUUCGCUGCCGGGGGAUCAGAAAGACCUUCUGGAGUAAGAGCUUAUUCAUGAAGGUUAUGGCGCGGACGGAGAAACCACUCUUCCGAAUCGCGUACACUUUGUACACCAGGACUAAACUUGGUUACAUGUUCUAUAAGAGGCAGAUGCGAAAGGCUCGCCAGCGUUUCCCCACCGGUCAUUCGAGUGCACAGCCCAUGGAAAUGAACGGUAUUAAAAUAAUACCAAUUCCAGUACUGUCUGACAACUACAGCUACCUGGUGAUUGACACGGUCUCAAGCAAAGCAGUGGUAGUGGACCCUGCAGAUCCACAGACCGUUCAGGCCUGCGUGAAAGAGGAAGGGGUGUCGCUGGAGGCGAUCCUCUGCACACACAAGCACUGGGACCACAGCGGCGGGAAUAAGGGUCUGAGGAAGCUGCACGGCUCCUGCCAGGUGUAUGGGAAUGCCAUCGACAACAUCCCCGGCCUGACACACCCUCUCUCGGACAAAGACUCCAUAGAAGUGGGCCGAAUGAGCUUCAGGGCGUUCUUCACCCCCGGGCACACUGUGGGUCACAUGAUCUACCUCCUGGAUGGGCGGGCCCUUGGGGGUCCCUGCAGCCUUUUUUCGGGGGACCUGGUGUUCCUGUCGGGGUGCGGGAGAAUGUUUGAAGGCAGUGCCUCUAUGAUGCUGUCGUCCCUGGAUACAGUUGGUUGCCUGAGCGAUGACACUCUUUUGUGGCCUGGUCACGAGUAUGCUGAGGAUAACCUGAUGUUUGCUGCGGAGGUGGAGCCCAACAACACUACCAGGGAGAGCAAGUUCCAGUGGGUCGUGCAGCGGAGGAGUCAGAAGCUGUGUACGAGUCCCUCCACCAUCGGGGAGGAGAAACAGUACAACCCCUUCCUGCGGAGCCACUCCCCUGAGCUGCACCGGGCCCUAGGCCUCCAGCAGGAUCCCAGCGAGGACUGGACCCAGUUCCGGGCCCGAGUCCUGGAGGAGCUGCGCAGGAGGAAGGACGUGUACAAGGGCAGAUAGCGGGCCAGCGGGCCGGCCUGGAGCAGAACCGGCAGCGAAGGACACUCCUGCCGUGCUGUAGAUAGACGGGUGGUCACUGAGGCCUGGGCACACUGGGGUCACUCUGAAAACAAGGUCACUCUGAGUGCUGCUGGCUGUUCUUUUGGAAACAAACACUGAUAACGAAACUGUUUUCCAAACAUUAUGGUACAGAUUGCAUUCCAGGGUCAAAGUGAACAGGUACAGGUUAGCUCAGGGGACUCCUUGCAUGCUCUUUGGAUUUCUAGACCUCUGGCUGCUGCAUUUUUUUGCAAUGUGACAUCUGGUUCUUGAAGCAAUGUGUCAGGUCAGAGGUAAGUGCAAGGAGCAGUUCUACUUCAGAAAACAGUGUCAGUUAAACUUUAUACAUUUUAUGAAAUUAUUGAAGGUGAUUUUAAAAUGUCUAUGGUGAACAAAUAGGAAUUUAUUAUGAUUUAUGAAAAACAUAGGGUUAGGAAUUAUUUCUUCAAAGGCAACUUUAUAUUUUCUGUAACUCUAAUUGCAGGUCAGAUCUUUUGUAACCUCAGCUACAUUUCAUCUGACCUGGUGUGUGUCAUUUCAUUUAUGAAGCUCAUAAUCAACUAAUCAGAUAACAGAUAACUACUGAUGUGUAAAGAGUUGUAAUGAACAAGCUGUGAGAGGUGGUAACUGUGAUUUGACACAUUAAAGCCACAGGUGAGAGAUGGUAACUUUGCUGCCAUGAGAUUUGUGAAAAGAUUUGUGCCAACAUUUGAAAGUUAAGGUAUGGCAGAACAAAGAUUUUUUUGUUGUAAUUAGGGUUGACAUGGACUUUUCAAGACUGGGUAUCCAAACACUGUUUUUCGCGCAGGUUUUGAUUGUACCCUUCAGUACCUGCCGCUGUGUUUAUUUGUGUGCUGCUAACGAGAAAAGUGGCCACAUGCUACAGGCAUCUUAUCCACUGUGUAAAGAAAACUGUCAUACCUGCGACAACCACUGAUGGUACUAAAAGCACUGACAAUAAAAUUAUUAGUUUUUGUUAACGGUAAAUGAUCUGAGUGCGAUUUAUUGUAUGUUCACAUUUAUACAACGCACAAAAUGAGAUUUGAACCCCGUUUGCUGCAUUAACAAAUUGUAUUCAAGGUUUACCCAGCAGCUGUCGGCUACCUCGCCAGCGUAAGACCUCCUAUACAGUUCACACAGAUGGCUUUAGAUGUUCUCAGAGGUGUGGUGCUGAGCGCAAAAAAAUCUACGGCUAUAUAUCGACAUAUAUCUUGUGGAAGCAAUCCAAAGGUUUCAU